AUGGAGACCAUCAGCUUCUCCGCUACCUCGUCCAAGGGUAAGGGAGUUAUGGUGGGCUUCUGUCUGCUAGUCGAGGUCUUCCUUCGUGGCGUCACUGGUGCCCGCUCUCAACCCGACAGCAAAAAGGUCUUUCCCUUUGAACACAACUGGGACCCCGCCAAUCCUCCCCUCUGGUCCAUCCGUUCCGAGGAUCACGAACUCUUCACCGUCGGCAGGUCCUCCCCUGUCCAGAUCCGUGACACCGACGCCAAGACUGCUGGUUUCACGUCUCUCAAGCACACCUGGGACCCCCAUAACCCUCCUCUUUGGACUGUCCGCCCUGAAGAUCGCCAAAAAGUCCCUGGGCAGCACUAUAGUCAAAUGGCCGAGGCUUCCAAGAGUUCCGAAGAAACCGAUCCUUGUGCGAACAAAGACAAACCUGCGACGCUCUACAAAACUUACGAAAACAACGAGUGCCCUCCCAAGCACAAAUUUCUACCACUCGAGAAGGGAAUGGGGUUUGCUGACACCUGCGAGGGGUGGAACACAGAGGAUUUCCGCAAACACGACUGUAUCACGUUUUGCCAGACUUCCACCAGGUUUGAGUGGGCGCAGGAGGUGCCCUUCCCUCAUUCUGAGUGCCACUUCCCAAUCUCGUGCGGCUUGUCUGAGGGCGACUCAGUUAAAUCAGGUUGGAAUAUGGGUGGGAACGUAAAGGUCCAGUUCAUAAAGGCACUGAAGAUUGGCGUCACUGGCGGUUAUUCUUCUGACUGGUCCGAAUCUGAGGGUAGGAAGUUCGACGUUAAUCUCACUGAGGGUCAGUGUGGCUACUUCACCUUUGUUCCUGUGAAGAGAAUCGUCUGUGGUGGCAUAACCGAGCCGGACUACCCUCCAAGAUGGUAUGAUUUUGGUUUGUGCAAGGCGGGCCCCAAAAAUACCCACCUUUGCGUCGACAAGCUUUGGACAAUCAAAAGCCAAAGAAUAAAAGAUCCUAAUCAUGAGAUUCCCGACGGUACCAUCAUCUUUGUCUAUACCGACUGCUUCAGCCGGCGGCCGCUGCCCAUGAACAAGCAGGACCCUGUCUACCACGCCCCUGGUGUUGCCCUACACCACGACGUCCUCGACGGAAUUAGACAGAGCUGGGUUUGGAACACCUGUUACAUGUGGAAUAUGGGAGCCGAGGGCAAGCUGUCUCUCUACAUCCAUGGCUCGGGUUUCAAGGACUCCAUGGUUGGUCCGGAGGGCAAAAAGCUCAUCGAGAGAGUAAACCAUUGUGCCAGAUCCGUCGAUGGGGUCAUAUCAGGCGCUGAGUUCAAUUGGUACUACAGCGUCUACCCGGGUGAGGAUCCCAAGAUAACGGGAGCCAUGUGGGUGUUCAUGGCGGACGUUCCGAGUAACAUCAGACCCGGCUGCCUCGGCGAUGCCAUGAUAGAGCUCGGUGGAAUUACCAAGGACAAGUGCAUCGGAGACAAAUUCGAGGGCUGA